UUAUUAUUUGGGUAUUAAAUGUGGCGAACGGUUAGUUGUUAGAGGUAAUUUAAUGCAAUCCAAUUGGCUUAUAAAAGCAGUACUUGUGAUUUUAAAGCUAUCAUGAACGAAGCUAAACUUGAACAAAAUGGUAACCUUUACCAAAGGAGUGGUCUUGUUAUCUUUGCUUUGCUUUAAUGUGCUUGUAGUGAAUGUGGUUGCAAGAAAUGUAGUGAAAAAUAACGAGGAUGAGAAGUCACUAACGAAGGGAGGUGGCUUCGGUGCCGGAGGUGGGGGUGGUUUUGGAGGUGGAGCUGGAGCUGGAGGUGGAGCUGGAGGAGGUGUUGGAGGCGGUUUUGGUGCUGGUGCUGGUGCCGGAGGAGGAGUUGGUGGAGGAGCUGGUGGUGGUGGCGGGUUUGGUGGUGGAGGCGGUGGUGGUGCCGGUGGAGUUGGGAAAGGAGGUGGUUUUGGUGGUGGGAUUGGUAAGGGUGGAGGCGUUGGUGGUGGAAUAGGAAAAGGUGGUGGACUUGGUGGUGGCAUUGGAAAGGGUGGUGGACUUGGAGGAGGAAUUGGCAAGGGUGGAGGCCUUGGUGGUGGAAUUGGAAAAGGUGGUGGAUAUGAAGGUGGCAUUGGAAAGGGUGGUGGGAUUGGCAAAGGAGGAGGUAUUGGUGGUGGAUCCGGAGGUGGCAUCAGUAAAGGAGGUGGGAUUGGCAAAGGCGGAGGCAUUGGCGGUGGAAUUGGAAAGGGUGGUGGACUUGGUGGAGGAAUAGGAAAAGGUGGUGGAUUGGGUGGAGGAACUGGAAAAGGUGGAGGACUUGGUGGAGGAAUUGGUAAUGGUGGUGGCAUUGGUGGCGGAGGCAUUGGAGGUGGAAUUGGAGAGGGUGGUGGACUUGGUGGAGGAAUAGGAAAAGGUGGUGGAUUGGGUGGAGGAACUGGAAAAGGUGGAGGACUUGGUGGAGGAAUUGGUAAUGGUGGUGGCAUUGGUGGCGAAGGCGGUUUUGGUAAAGGUGGUGGCAUUGGAGGUGGGAUUGGAAAAGGUGGUGGAUUUGGAGGCGGUGCAGGUGGGGGAUAUGGAGGUGGUGCUGGAGGUGGAGGUGGAGGUGGUUUUGGUGGAGGUGGUGGAUUUGGAGGUGGCGCUGGAGGUGGUUCAGGUGGAGGAUUUGGAGGUGGUGCCGGAAGUGGCGGUGGUUUUGGGGGAGGAGCAGGUGGAGGUGGUGGAUUUGGGGGUGGCGGAGGUUUUGGAGGCGGAGGAGGUGGCGGAAUUGGACACCACUAAAACUACAAGCUUCACGAUGCAUGCAUGCAUGCAUGCAUGGAUUGAAUUGCUCUUAUUAAAAUCCCUAGUUAUUAGAGCAUAUUUAAUACAUUAAUACCGUCAACCAUCUUCCUAUUACCAUCAUCAUGUGAACGAUUUUGUUGAAACAAAAUAUUAAUUUUAGAAAUAAAAUUAGUAAGUUAAAUAAACCCUUAAUUACCAAAUCCAAUGUUACCCUACCCUUCUUUUAUAUCCCUUUUUGCUUUUCUUUAAU